UGAUGGAGUAAGGUGACGGAUGAGAGUAAGGGUGACGGAUAACGGAGUAAGGGUGACGGAUGUUGGAGUAAGGAUGACGGAUGAGGGAGUAAGGGUGACGGAUGAUGGAGUAAGGGUGACGGAUAAUAGACUGAGGGUGACGGAUAAUGGAGUAAGGGUGACGGAUAAUGGAGUAAGGGUGACGGAUGAUGGACUUGAGGGUGACGGAUAAUGAAGUAAGGGUGACGGAUGAUGGAGUAAGGGUGACGGAUAAUGGAGUAAGGGUGACGGAUGAUGGACUGAGGGUGACGGAUAAUGAAGUAAGGGUGACGGAUGUUGGAGUAAGGGUGACGGAUGAUGGAGUAAGGGUUACGUAUAAUAGACUAAGGGUGACGGAUAAUGGAGUGAGGAUGCCGGAUGAUGGAGUAAGGGUGCCGGAUGUUGGAGUGAGGGUGCCGGACAAUGGAGUAAGGGUGACGGAUGUUGGAGUAAGGGUACCGGAUAAUGGAGUGAGGAUGCCGGAUAACAGAGAAGAAGAACCGGAUGAUAAUGAGGAUAAAACCUUGAUGACCACAAAGAAGGUCGACCUUGAUGACCCAUUCAAGGAGGACCUUCAUGGGGCUCUGACCACGACAGUAGAGAGUUAUAGAGGCAGCGAAAGUGACGCUCAGACGACUCUUUCGACCUCAGGUUGGACCCCCAGAAAGAAAGUAAUCCUUGAACCCCAGAGAAAUAAUGGUGAUAACGAUGGUGAUGAUGACAGCUCCACGAAUAAUGUACUUACGAUGGAAGGGGGAGCAGGAGGAGGAAGGUUCUCGAGUAACAGCUCUCAUGGGUUCAAGGCCGACAUCAGCGACAGGCGAGGUCGUCAAGAGUAUGCGUGUCGGCUGCCAGUUGUGAAGAAUGGGAAGAUUACGUUGGAACCUUUCAAUCCCAGGGCAGGAGAGCUUCAGUGUGCUCCAGGUUACGUGACUGCAGUGAGAUCUCCGAAGGUGUUGGUUCGGUGCCUCGUAGGUGUGUGGAAGGCGGUGGUGGGGAACCGUACGCUGGACCCCUUCUGUGUACCCGUCAGUGCAGUCGAGACCUCAACAGUGAAGGAGUGUCAACUUGACCCGCCCACAGUGGAACACGGGGUCAUUAAACUGUUCAAUGGGACGGUAGGGAAACUGAACUGUCUCCCGAAGUACAAGCUGAUGCACGGUGCACCUGAGGUCUUGUGUGUUGAUGGACGCUGGGUGUUUACAGGUGACCCUCAGUGUUUAAUUAAGGAAGAGCCGGUACAGCUUCGGUAUCCAGAGACAAGCGAUUCGCCUUUGUGUACCGACCCGCCUCCAGAAAUCGCACACGGGGUCACCAAUUCCAUCAACGCCACCUUCGGGUACAUCCGCUGUCUUACAGGUUACAGGUCAUCAAUAGACAAAAGCAUAGAGUUUACGUGUGUGGUGGGCGUGUGGAUGUUCGUGGACGUGCCGCCAGGGGUGGACGCGGAGUGUAUAUCUACUGACAUGGAACCCUGUGAGAACGCUACCCGGCCCUCCCUUACCAACGGCAUAGUAGAGCUGACGCUUGUGAUAGCUGAGUCCCAAACAACACGACGAACGCAACGAGGCCCACGCAGCCUCAGCCCGAGUCCAGCACCCAGUUUGGCCUCGUCAAACAAAAAAGAAAAGAGAAGUACGAGAGGUGUGACGGCCAGGUGUUUGCUUGGCUACAGGUUCCCGUCAGGACAGAAAAGGGUUGGUUUCGAAUGUGAGAACAAAGUAUGGGUCCUCCCUCUGUCGGAGCGUCGGGGCUGCUUGCCUUACUGCCCUUACAAAUGUCUCAAUGGCGGCUACUGCAUCGCUCCUGACAUUUGUAAGUGCCCAGGAAGAUUCAUAGGCGACAGGUGUGAAAAAGAGGGACCUUUGACGACAAGUCCUGUUACGGUGAUGGAGUUGACCACAGAAACCCAAUCUCCUUCAAUCACAACACCUCUCCCGGUGAUGGAAUUGUCCACAACGAUCGAGGGCCCUCCUGUGGUAGAUAUUUCGCAGACAGUUCUUCCAACAGCAACGGAAAACCCCACAGAAAACCAAACUUCUUCUGUGACUUUAUUCAACACACAGACAGGCAAUACCCUCACCACCAAGUCUGUUGGGGACUCUACAUCAACAGAACGUCCCCAACUCACAGGAAAUCUCACCACCAAGUCUGUUGGGGACUCUACAUCAACAGAACGUCCUCAACUCACAGGAAAUCUCACCACCAAGUCUGUUGGGGACUCUACAUCAACAGAACGUCCUCAACUCACAGGAAAUCUCACCACCAAGUCUGUUGGGGACUCUACAUCAACAGAACGUCCCCAACUCACAGGUAAUCUCACCACCAAGUCUGUUGGGGACUCUACAUCAACAGAACGUCCCCAACUCAAGGGAGGCUUUGCGGAAAUCUUGCCUGAGGACUCUACCCCAACGGAACGUCCCCAGUUCACAGAAAGCUCUAUAGUGAAUGAUGGCGGCUCCCACACAGGAGGUCCCACAGAAAGAACCACGCAGCUUGAAACUGUUACAGCAACGGGAGGUUCUAAAACAGUAACAGGAGGUUCUAGUACAGCAACAGAAGUUUCAAGUAUAGUAACAGGAGGUUCUAGUACAACAACAGAAGUUUCUUCUACGGCAAUGGGAGCUUCAGGUAUAUUAAGAGAAGGGACUACUGCAGCAACAGAAGGUCCAAGUACAGCAACGGAAGUUUCGAGUACAACAACAGGAGGUUUUAAUACAGCAAUGGCAGUCUCAAGGAUAGCAGCAGAAGGUUCACUUACAACAACAGAAGGUUCAAGCACAGCAACUGCCGGCGGUACCUCUAGGUCAGCCACUAUGAGGAUGAAGACCUACACCACCUUGUCUCCUGUUCCGUGCGGUGAUCCUCUACCAGUUGUCAACAAUGGCAGUGUGGUGGCCCACCCCAGUGGCAUGGAGGCUCUGGCAAAGUGUAAACCUGGUCGAGUCUUCCCCUCCGGUUCGAAUUCGGCGAUUGUGACAUGUGAGGCUGGUUCCUGGGUCCUGCCCCUUCAGGAGAUGGGAGGAGAGGCUAUUUGUCUCCCCAAGGGCUUCUGUGGUCAGCCUUGUCAACACGGAGGGGCAUGUCGCUCUGAUGGCAGGUGUUGGUGCCCCGAGGGGUUCUCCGGCCCCAGGUGUGAGGUGAUGGAGUGUGUGGCGCCGCCCAGAGUGUAUAACGCUGCCCUCGUGAUCAGGAAGAACCAUGCCAGAGCUGAGUGUCGCGACGGCUACACCUUCAAGAAUGGGAUGACCUCUCUCAACUUCACCUGUGUGGCAGGUUCGUGGCUCUUACCUGGCCUUGAUGCCGCCGCUAGCGCCAAGGAACAGGUGUGUGAGGCUCUCUGUUCCCCGCCCUGUGUCCACGGAGGCAGGUGUGUAGUGCCAGGGGUGUGUCGAUGCCCGGAGGAGUUUGCCGGGGAUACCUGUCAAGUGGUCAGGUGUUUCGAUCCAGCGCCUUAUGUCGGGAACGCCGUCAUGAGAUACGACCCCAUUACCACCCAAGCUGUGUGUCUCCAAGGCUACCUGCUGGGGAAGGACUGUGCUACCCUCAACAUUACCUGUGUCAAUGGCCAAUGGGUGCCUGAUACUGCUGGCCUCAACCUCAACGAUAACAAGCUAGAGUGCCACCCCGUAUGUCAAGAGGAGUGCCAGAACGGAGGUACUUGCGUGGCACCCAACACCUGUGCGUGUCCUGCGUCUUACGAUGGUCCACUGUGUAGGCAGGCAAGAGGGAACGAUUGUGUGUCGCCGCCUCCAACCAUCACGAACGCACAUUUAAAUUAUAGCUCCACAGUUGGGUUGGCUGAGUGUACUGCUGGCUUCGCUCUGAGCUCGGGUGAGACUCGGAUUAAGUUUGUAUGUAACUACGGCCAGUGGACCUUCCCGAACAGCCUUAACCACCACCCUGAGUGCCGCCCCUUGUGUGUUGGAGGGUGCCAGAACGGCGGUGUAUGUAUCGGUGCCAACCAGUGCCACUGUAUUAAUUCAUAUACAGGGCCAUUGUGUGAGAAGCUUCCACCACCAACCUGUCUCGGCCCUCCCUUGCCGAUACCCAACUCUGUCAUACAUAUAAGCCCUCGUGGUCUGGUGGUGGCGUGCCGGGCUGGCUUUACCUUACCUUCGGGUGCCAGCCAGGUGGAGCUGUGGUGCCUAGAGGGUGCCUGGUGUCCGCCUAACACUCCCCAUGACGUCUGCAUCCAACCCAGCCAGAGAUUAGCCUGCUUCCCUCAGUGUGACCCGCCCUGUCUCAACCACGGGGAGUGUGUCACGCCCAACAAGUGCCGCUGUCAGGAGCCCUAUACCGGCGAGCGCUGUCAACUCCUCCGGCCGGAAUUUUGCUGGAAAGAACCGCCUACCUUCCCCAACGCUUUCAUCAAAUACAAUUCAUCAAGAGCUUCAGUGACGUGUAAGUCAGGGUACUCACUGGGGGCGAAGACCUCUGAUCUGUUGCUGGAGUGUGUGUCUGGGGAGUGGAUGGUGCCUGCAGGUCUGGGGGAGGAGCCACUGUGUGUCCCCAGCUGUGUGCCCCCCUGUGGUAAUGGAGGCACCUGUAACGGCCCCAACACCUGUGCCUGUCCCGCCGGCUUCCAUGGCCCUCGCUGUAAGGCCCUCCUUUGUACAGCACCACCGUCCACUGUACCCUUCUCUCAUAUGCAAAUUAGUCCUGGGGGCAACGAGGCGAUUGUGUUAUGCUUCGAUAGAUAUGUUAUGUUUUCCGGGAGGCGUCUGGUGAAGGUGGAGUGUGUGGAGGGCACUUGGAAGACGGUGGGCACACCAUCCAUGGCUGCUGAUUCCCUGCGGUGCUCCCCCUACUGCGUCAAGCCCUGUGUCAACGGCGGUACUUGUGUCGCCCCGGAUCUGUGUGCCUGUACAGACCAAUACGUGGGCCCCUUCUGUCAGUUCCUCAGGUGUCGAGGAGCCCCCGAUGUCGUGGGCCAGGUGAACAUCAGCGUCAGUGAGGACUGUCUCUCGGCUGAGGCCACCUGCUUUAACCACCACCGUCUGGAGACUGGCAACACCAGCAUGACCUUCACCUGUCGCCACGGGUUAUGGGAGCCUUUAGGCACCACCAAGAUCAGAGGUCAGCUUGGGUGCCGACCAGAGUGCCCCCAUGGCUGCCUCAACGGUGGUGUCUGUGUGGCACCCAGUACCUGCCGGUGUCUGGAGGGCUUCACUGGCCCUCACUGUAACAAGAGAUACAGCCUGACCACCAAGAAUCAGCCUUGUCACUUCCCUUUCUCUUACGCCGAGCGUUGGCACUUCGCUUGCACUGGCACUCAUAGCUCCCGGCCCUGGUGUGCCAUUCAGCUAGACGCCCAAGGCACUAUUACCGGCUGGGGUGUCUGUGUGGCUGACCUAGGAGAGAAGAAGGUGGUGGUAACAGAGGGUGGUGAGGUGUGUACUCUGCCCUUCACCUACGGCGGGAUCACUAGGUGGAGUUGUAUUACCUCACCAGGUCGUUCACGCCCUUGGUGCGCCGUGAGGGUGGACUCAGCCGGACUCUUGAGCUCUUGGGACCACUGUAACUUGAACUGGGGAGUACAGGAGGUAUCACUGACCGUGGGGUGGGAACAGUGCCACCUGCCAGUGAGUCCCGCGGGUCAAGUCCACCAACAGAGUGGGAGCGAGCCAGAAACUUCAAGACCCUCCUGCCCAACCUCUCUCACCUCCUUCAUCGCCUCCCCUAGUGUCUCCUUCUGCAUGGUGGAUUGGGGCUACAGUCGUGUGGUCGCUACGAAGACCAAACAGGCGUGUGUGUUCCCGUUCAUGUGGGAAGGAUACCUGCACUACAGCUGUGUGGGGAAGAGGUCACAACAGCAGCGUCAGGAGGAUAGCAGCUCGGGAUGGGACCUGUGGUGUGCUGUGAAGAUCCGUCCUGAUGGGGAGGUGCUGGACUGGGAUGUGUGUGUUGCUUAUAAUGAAACAAUUCCGGAGUCUCACUCCAGCAGCCCAGCAGAGAUUUCCCCGUUGCUUACCUUCCACCCGGUACAUGUCUUCACGGUACAAGGCAAGAAGUGUUCAUUGCCCUUUCACUACCGGGGUCGUAAGCAUGUUGGGUGCACGAUGGAGGAUUCUGAACAGCCGUGGUGCGCUACCUCUGUUGACGACCAGCGUGCUGUGACUACCAGAGACUACUGCUAUACUAACUGGGAUAUAUUGGAUAAGCCUUUGAAUAAGAUGCCCAGUGGUCCUAAUCCUGAAGCUCCAGCCACCAGUAGCCAUGCCGUGAUAGUGACAGUGUCGGGAGCGCCUUGUGUCCUACCGUUCACCUUCAAGGACGACCUCUACCACGGCUGCAUCAUGAUUGAGUCUCAGUGGCCCUUCUGCGCCAUCGAGGUUGACCGCACCGGCAAGCCACUCCGCACUGACUACUGUCCCGAGGAUUGGGAUGCCUCGGCCGUCCUAACACCUGUAGACCCAACCACCCUAACACCUGGACGUCAAAAUGAUAGCGAGGUACAACUGACGGUGUCGGGGGCCAGGUGCAUCUUCCCCUUCAGGUAUGAUGGGAAGGAAUACUCCUCCUGCACCAGCGACGACUCCUUCAAGAGAUGGUGUGCUACAGCUGUCAACGCUUCUCUCUACCGCACCGUCUGGGACUUCUGCCUCGACUCAGGUCUACCUCAAGAUUCAGGAGACGACGUCGGUACCCAGCUGCUUGCCCCAAGUCCCAUGGCACCACCACCUCUCAGGACAGUGCCAGAGCCUAUGGAAGUGACAAGACUGCUAGGGUCUGUGGAAGAGUCUGGAGAGGUGUCAGGAUCUAUGAGAGUGUUAGGGCCUUUGGGAGGGCUAAUGGGAGUGCCAAAAGGAAAGAUAGAAGCCAUAGAGCCAGAACCAAUGGAAGAACCCAUGUUAGUGCCAGAACCAAUGGAAGAAGCUAUGAUAGUGCUAGAACCAAUAGACGAAUUCAUGGUAGUGCCAGUGCCAGUAGGAGAGGGUCAGCAGUACUUUGAAGAGGAACCCGGGGAGGUGUUCGGAGACUUGGAAUAUGGUGAAGACGCGCGCCAAGAAGGAGUAGAUGGAGAGGAAGAUGUGAUAACGACGGUGGAUGGAAGGACCUGUGUUUUCCCCUUCAUAUGGCGAGGUCGGAGGUACACUGAAUGCACAUGUGUUGACUCUAAGAGGGAAUGGUGUGCUACUGGUGUUGAUAUCCACGCUAGGCCCACUGCUACUGGCUUCUGCUACCCUGAGGCUGGUGAAGACUAUGGUCGUCCAUCCCCAGGUGUGAAAUCAUAUAACUCAAUGAAAGGACAUCCAGCCAUUCAGGGACAUCCAGGCAUCGCAGGGCAUCCGGGUAUGGCGGGACAUCCUGCCGUAAAAGGACAUCCUACAGUAAUAGGACACCCAGCCAUCUCAGGACAUGGAACUGUUGAAGGACAUCCGGGUGUCUCCGGACAUCAAGAUAUUCGUGGACAUCCCGGGAUUGAAGGACAUCCACGUUUUGAAGGACAUCUAGGUGUUCAGGCUCAUGGAACUAUCCCUGGACAUGCUGCUGUUUCUGGACAUCGCGGGGUGGAAGGUCACUCCGGUGUUGUUGGACAUCCGGCUGUCCCAGGACAUGGUGCUAUUCCAGAACAUGCAGGUGUCCAGGGACACCAAGGAGUCGAAGGUCACCCGGACAUAUCCGGACACCAGGCUAUUGAAGGACACCCGUCGGUUCAAGGUCAUGUUGCAAUUUUGGGACAUCCAGCAGUAGUAGGACAUCCAGCGGUAGUGGGACAUCCAAUUGUUGAAGGACAUCCAGCCGUACGAGGACAUCCUGGAAUUACUGGUCACUCAGCCGUUCAGGGACAUCCGGGCUCACAGGGACAUCCUAGCCUACAGGGACACCCAGGGGUCGAGGGACAUCAAGCUGCGCCUGGACAUAUGGGAGUAACAGGUCAUUCUGCUGUUAAAGGACACCUGACCAUCCUAGGACAUGCGGCAGCUGUAGGACAUCCAUCAGCUAUUGGUCAUGAGGAGGUGCACGAGCACACAUCUCUAAGUGGACAUCCUGGCAUACCUGCACAUCCAGGUGUACAAGGUCACGCCUCCGUAGAAGGACAUCCAAGUGCUCAGGGACACGCCACCGUCGAGGGACAUCCAGCCGUACCGAAACACCCCGCUGUCCAGGGUCACGGGGAGGUCAUAGGACAUCAAUUCAUUUCAGGGCACCCAAGGAUAGAAGGUCACUCAUCAGUAAUUGGACACCCAAAGGUUUUCGGGCAUCCUGAAGUUAAGCAGCAUCCCAAAGUUUUAGGACAUCCUGCGGUAAGUGGACACUCAAGAGUGGAGGGCCAUCCCGAGAUACAAGGUCACCCCAGUGUAUCAGGACACCCUGGAUAUUCUGGACAUCCUAGCGUGCAAGGACACCGGAAAAUCCAAGGACAUCUACAGAUCUCAGGACACCCCGGUAUACAAGGACAUCCAGGAAUUGAGGGACAUCCCGAGGUACCUAAACACAUGAGUGUAACAGGACACCCAAGAAUUAUAGGACAUCCUGCCAUUGAAGGACACCCAGACAUCAGUGGUCAUCCUAGAGUGCAGGGACACCCCUAUAUACAAGGACAUCCGGACAUCCAAGGGCACCAACUCAUCCAGGGACAUAUAGGAAUCAAAGGACAUCCAGCCGUGGUAGGACAUCCGGACAUCUACCCUGUGAAAAUAAAAAUUGCUGAGUCUUGUCCUAUGAGUUCUUCCUACCUUCUGUACCAAGGUUCAUGUCGGAUAAUCAUGACGUCCAGUGGGAGGAGGUGUGCCCUGCCUUACCUGUACGAGGGGCUCUGGUACCACGAGUGUGCGGUCUUUAACCCAGGUAGUGCCCCCGUGUGCCCCAUUCACCUGACCGCUGCGGGAACACCUGUCGCCUGGGAUACCUGCCCCCCUGGAUGGUAUCUUCGCUACACAAGGCCUGUCGGUUCCCCAAGCCCGACGGACGUGCUAAGCCUUCAGGAGCCUCUACCUCCACACCUGGCCCGCCUUAAUGAACUGCCAGGGAGUGCCACCCGUGUAGUGACGACCAGAGGCGACCAGUGCCACUUCCCCUUCACCUACAAGGGUGAGAGGUUCUCCGGGUGUACGGACAAGGACCAUGACCGUCCGUGGUGCAUCACCCAGCAGACGGGAGACUCGUAUCAGUGGGACAACUGUCAUGCUAUCUACAUCUGUAAGAAAUGUCUCACAGAUGCCUACCUGACUUAACAUACUAAGGAGAUACCUGCAGGAUAGUAAAGGAGAACCUCUGGCUGACGUGUGGUGACAAAUUACCUGUCUCUGAGCAUAAGGAUCAAGAAGGAUUAGCCAGUCUCUCAGGAUGAAGAGGAUUAGCCACUCAGCCAGGAUAAGGCACAGUAGGCAGGCACUCUCUCGCUCUUCUCACACACAUACUUCAUCAAAGG